CCCCCCCACACACACACACACACACUCCCAGCCGCAACACCAUCCACCAGUCAGUCGACGAGAGAAAAAGUGAUCCAUCGAUCGAGAUCGAUCGGCAAAGUAAAGUCACGGGUCGGCUCAGGCAGGGAGGCCGAGCGAACCGCAGAGAAAAAUCCCAUGUGUGUGUGGACGACAGAGAGGGAGAGAGAGAGAAUGCCAGACAGACAGACAGAGACCCAAUGAAUGAGCACAUGAUGGCAUGAUGCCAGCCAGGUAGACAUCAACACACACACACACACACACACAGAGCAUCGCAGAGAGACAGAGAAAAGGGGCGGACGGCAGGCAGGCAGGCAGCUAGCGGCAGGGGGGAGCAGCCAGGAGCGAGCAGCCCACCCAGCGAUCGCUGCCGUGGGACACACAAAAAUAGGACGAUUGAUGGCACUUCGUCAACACACACACAUGGCCGGCCGCUGGGUGUGUGUGUGCGUAUGUGUAGGCGUCGACAUGAGGGCAGCCACACAGACAGACCAUCCGGCGACAGAUAUAUAUAAAGAGAGAGACUCGUAUAUAUGCUACACACUCCUUCUUUCUCCUCUUCUCUCCCCUCGGCUCUCCCACGCUCCCCUGCUCCCACCGAAAAAGAAGACCCUUACAGAGAGACGUAUGUAUUGUAUCCCACACACAGACACAAAUCCACAGACACACAUCCAUCCGUCCACAGACACACACAUAAACUUGCCUCGCUCCCUCAUAGCUAUGUACCGCUGGCUGCCACGCCCCGGACGAACAUCCAUCCAUACAGUCAGCAGAAUCUCUGUGUUGGAGUAUCUAUCGAUCACAUCUCGUCCAUGUCGAGCGUGGCGUCGUGUGGCAUCGUCUCGCGGACUGUCCGGAAACCCCGCUCGGGCGACACCAAGCCGAGAUUGCUGACACUGCACACACACGACAAGAGAAAAGGGCGUGUCUGUCUGUCUGGCUGGCUCGGUGCGGGUGUGUGUGUGUGGGUGGGUGGGUGGGUGCUGACCGUGAUGUGUAGAUGCAGGAGUAAUCCUGAACCUGAAGUGACGAUGGAUGGAAGCACAGAGAGAGAGAGAGAGAGAGAAAAGGGUCGGUCUUUGCUGUGUGUGGGAAGGGAGGGCACCUAUGUGUGUGUUUGUGUCGGAGCCCUGCCCUCACCUGUUUGGCGAACCGAGAGUCUUGGUAUCCCGCUUUGAAGAGCUGCCCCCAUAUGGGAUGGAAACGGCUGUGGUACAACUGAUGACCACAACCACAACCACACACACAACACACAACACACACACGCAACCAAAGCAGUCACGUCACCUUGUGUGCCACCUCUGCGCCACUGACUGACCCAGUUCAUUUCCUUGAGCUUCAGCUUGUGGUCCUGCUGCUCAGCCUCCCACCGAUGGAUCUGUCCACACACACAUUCAGGCACCCAUACACACACAUGAUCAGAUCAGAUCGCCCACCAACACAACACACGAACCACCCACACGCACCUGCUCGACCAGUAUCUGCUCGGCCCUCGCGAGGUUCUCAUCCUCAUGCUCGUGCCGCAAGUGCAGCAGUGGCGACUCAUCCGCGUCACCAUCUGCAGGAGCAUCAUGGCCAUGGUAGUUGUUGACCUGGUGGUGGGUGUGGGUGUGGUCGGCAUGGGCCACCACAUGCGGCAUCCGGGGAUCGGCAUCAAGAUCAAGAUCAAGAUGCUCAUCACUCCCCUGUGCCAAGGCGUGUGUGUGCGGGGGUCUGGGUGUCCUCAUUCGGGUGGUCCGCAGGCUGACGAGCUGCAUCUUGAGGUCGUCGAGGACCACGUCGAUGUCCUGCAUUUCGUUUCUCAUUCGCUGAAUGGUGCCGGCGAGCUGACACACACGAGAUAAAGGUGGAUGGGGGAUGGGGGAGGGGGAGAGGGGAAAAGCAUAUGUGUGUGUGGGUCACGUACAUCUUUCUCCUGCUGGAGGAUCUUGACUUCGUAAGCCAGCUCAGGCACGAUCUGACAUGUCCGCCAACCCAAAUUCCUCUUCCCUGGUUAUCAACACACACACACACACACACACGCAGAGCAGAGCAGAGCAGAGCAGACACACACACUUGGUGCCCAUGACAUGGGAGGUCGUGUGUCAGCCCAGUCAGUGUGUGUGACCUUGGAGGAUGUCCGAGUACAUGUGGUCGCCCACAUAGAGAAUCUCGCUGCCCCGCGACUCUACCCGCAGCAGCUUGUGCAGGUGCUUCCAGUUGCCCCCCUGGAACACAUGACCCUGGUCGAUGGAUCGAUCAACACGCACACAGACAGAGGAGAGGUGAGAUGAACUCGUGUGUGAGGUGAGAGUGGGUAUGUCUGUGGCGUGGCGUGGGUUUGGUUAGGUUACUUUUUGCAAAAACCUCUGUAUGCUGUCCUCAUCUCCGUCGACAAUGGUGAGGUCGGCGUUGGCCAGACUGCCGUCCGUCGUGUUGACGCGGAACAGCUGCAGAUUGGGGUCGUUCAGAAAAUCUGAUCAAUCCGCAUGGCAUACACACACACAUAAAGGCCACAGACGAGUGCCCAGAUGGCUGCCAUCUAGUUACUCGGUUUCCCGCUGCCGACGAUGACGAUGUCGAAGAGUUCCAGCCAGUCCAAGCCCCGCUCCUCUUCAUAGUUGUUGCUGUUGCAAGAAUGGCAAAGCAGAGAUGGUCGGGCGUUGCGCUGCGUUGCGUGUCCCGGCUCCGGCUCACCCGACUAUGAAGUUCAUGGCCACAUGGGUGUAGUCCCAGUGGCUGUUGGUCAGCAGAAACACCUACACAUCACACAUACAACAAAAACACACACACACAUAAGCCAAGCCAUCCGCCAUGGUGUGGUGCCUUCCGCUCCCUCCCUCCCGCCACUGCCCACCCCACUCACUCCCUCAGUCACCUUCUUGCCGCUGGCUCGGUAUCUCUGUAUCAUGGGCACGAUGUUGAGGUCGGGGAAUACGUAUCUCGCGGGGUCCUGUGCGACGGUCUCCUUGAUGGUGCCGUCGCGGUGGCACAUGUCCACGCAGUGAUGCACCUCGUCGAACAUCUGGGAGUAGGGCGGGAAGGACAAGUCGGGCCGGGUGUCCUUCAGGUCCACCAGCUGGGCGAACAGACACGCGUCGACCAGCUGCACAGCACACAACCACAAACAGGGAGAGAGAGAGAGGGUGAUGAGACUGCCCAGCCCAUUGUGUGAGUCUGAUCUUGUUCGUUCUGUCUUUGUGACCUGGAAGAGGGUGUCGAUGGCGACAUAGUGUUUCUCCGAGAAGGACGGCAUUCGAUCGAAGUACUCGAGGUAGAGCGUCCUCUUCUGCUCCGAGUUGAGCAUCCGGGUGCCGUGGAAGACCGUUUUGACGUACUUGUGCCGGUCGACCUUCAGGAAGUUGCCCCUGGCCUUGUCGAUGACGACACCCCGCCGAAACAAGGCCGGGUUGUACUGGAAGGCGAGUAUUUCCUUUGGGUAGCCGUACUUGUAGACGAGCUUCUCCUGCGCCCCCCGGUAGCCCAGCAGGUCGAAGGCCACAUUGUACUGCGCCAGGGUGAAGUCCAUGUCGAAGCCGACCGCACGGAUCUUGCGCAUCUCCAGCUCACGGUUGCAAAAGAUGUCCUACCAGACAGACAGACAGACAGACAACAGAAGCACGUGUGAGGAAAGUACAGUUACUUGUCUGCCUGUCUGGCUGUCUGUCUGGCUGUCUGUCUAUCUGUCUGGGCCCUCACCUUGUUGCCCGACGUCCGAUGAUGCGGCACUUCGGUUUCGGUGGUGGCGGCCUUCCACUGCGGCUCCCCACUUCGCUGCAGAUCCACCCUGUCCAAAGUCACCACAUCGAUGCCGUCCUCGUCGAACUUAUAGAUGGGGGGCGAGUGGCUGGUCCUCGGCGCAAGGAACACGCCCUCGGCGGGGUUGCUUUGCAACGGACCCACCAGGGACGACACCACACUGGCGUCAGACACAGAAGAACCCACAGGCAGAUCCUCAUCGCCAUCAUCACCACCAGUAUUAUCGCUUUCUGACGGGGGCGCCUCGACAGCUGCCGUCGCCGCGUCUGUGUCGGCCUCGCCGAGCCGCACCGUUGCCGCGACCCGCCGCCUUGGCGGCCUCACGAGAUCCACCGAGCGCUUGUGCCUCUGUGAGCCGAGCAGCCUCCUUGACGGGAACUGAAAGGCCGAGUGGGAGGCGGGCUCCAGCUGACGCUGCGGUGAUGCUGAGAGUGGAGCACUCCUUCCAGCAGUGAGCAGCAGUGAGCAUCCCCAGAAGAGAGAGCGGAUCCGCGAUGGGAUAGAGGAGCUCUUGGCGCAGGAAGAUUCCAGCGUGGUGGCCAUAGCUGCAGGCGUAGAUGCUCGGCUCAGGCAGCUGCGUUUCCCCUCCAGACGACCAGCCGAUUCC